AGUGUCUUCCAUGGAUGAGUUGCAGCAGACGUCGGGAGUUAAUGGCACCUCCACGAAUGGUGACUCUGAAUCACAACCACACAAGUUACGAUCCCGACGUAAUCGUGGUGGUUGGCUCGCCUGUUUCUUUAUUUCAGCAACUUUGACAGGAAUGAUGAUAGCUGGUUGGGGAUGGGUGGCGAAUUUGAUCGUGUAUUUGGUGGGGGUGUUCAAUGUUAAGAGCAUUGACGCCACUCAGGCAGCCAACGUGAUCAACGGUUCCACCAAUCUGAUCCCUAUUCUUGGAGCUGUUUUGGCCGACUCGUUCCUUGGUUCUUUCCGUGUCGUUUCAGUUUCUAUACUUUCCUCUUUACUGGGAAUAAUAAUUCUGACCUUAACAGCAACACUUAGUUACCUGAGGCCACACUGUGAAACCGGUUCAAGCGUGUGCCAUGCUCCAUCCAAGCUCCACUUAGCUGUUCUAUAUUCGGCUAUUACCUUGGCUGCAAUAGGCUUCGGGAUGGUUCGUUUUGCAAUAGGAACAUUGGGAGCCCAUCAAUUUGACAAUCCUAAAGAUCAAGCAAGUUUCUUCAACUGGUUCAUCUUUACCAUGUUUGCAGCCGGUGUUGUUGGUUCCGUAGGAAUCGUCUAUAUUGAGGAUAGUAUUAGUUGGGGACUGGGAUUUGGAAUUUGUGCUGCAAUUAAUUUUGUGUGUUUGGUUAUUUUCUUGGUGGGAAAUCGUUUCUACCGCCAUGAUAAGCCUCAAGGAAGCCCCUACACGAGCUUGGCUCGUGUGAUUGUUGCUGCAACACGAAAGAGAAAACUCUUGGUUUCGUCUGAAAGCAAGGAUUAUCACCAUGAGAUUAAUGAUGGAGAAAACAAAGACAUUGCUACAAUGCCUAAACGGAGCUUCAGGUUCUUGAACCAUGCAGCAAUCAAAACUGAAGGAGACAUUAAUUCAGAUGGAUCGAUAGCCAAGCCAUGGAGAUUAUGCUCUGUUCAACAAGUUGAAGACUUGAAAACUCUCAUUAGAAUUUUCCCAGUAUUUGCGAGCACUGUAUUAUUAUGUACCCCUCUUGCAGUUCAAACCAACACGGCCGUUCUCCAAGCUAUAGCAAUGGAUCGUCACCUCGGCUCCAAUUUCAAGAUCCCCGCCGGUUCAAUCUCGAUCGUGGGUUUAAUCUCCUCGGCCGCCUUCAUCGCCCUGUUAGAUCGGCUUCUAUAUCCCAACUUGAAGAACCUGACCGGCCGAUGGUUAACACCCUUACAAAAAAUCGGAACAGGCCACGUUUUCAACACCCUAAGCUUGGUAAUCGCCGCCGUGGUGGAGUCAAAGAGGCUAAAAACAGCCCGCGAUAACCACCUGCAGGGCCAGCAGGGCGGUGCCGUGGUGCCAAUGCUAGCGUUAUGGCUGUUUCCGCAACUCAUCGUAGUGGGCAUGGGAGAAGCUUUCCAUUAUCCGGGGAACGUGUCAUUGUACUAUCAAGAAUUCCCGGUUUCCAUGAAAAGCGCGGCCACUUCCAUGAUUUCCAUUGCUAUUGGCAUCGCUUUCUAUGUGAGCGCAGCGUUGGUUAGUCUGUUAAGAAACGUCACCGGAUGGUUACCCAAUGAUAUUAACCAAGGAAGAUUAGACAAUGUUUACUGGACGUUCGUGCUGUUGGGCUUUCUUAAUUUCUGUUAUUUUUUACUGUGUGCUAAGUUUUACAGGUAUCAAAAUCUCCAACAAUAAGGGUUUACUGAAUAAUAAAUUUUAAUGAAAUAUUAAAUGUCUCUAUAAAUGA